GUCAUACGCAACCCAUGGCUGCCUGCUGUGACGUCACCGCCUGCUCGCUCCGCGCUGUCGCUGGGAGUUCAGCUCGGCGGGUACUGCUGAAUCUCCGCGUCGUGACAGUCUGAGCGGCCUUUCGUCCAAAGUUUUUCUUCGACUCUCGGACGUGUCUGAACAAGGAACAGGGCGCUUUCUCCGUUUUGUCCAUGCCCGGGAGUGCCCUGGGAGCAAGAAGACAGCACUGGUGCCUCUGACUGUCCCUCAGGAUGAGUGAGGCUGAGAGUCAGUUCUACAGUGUUCAGGUGGGGGACUCCACCUUCACUGUGCUCAAUCGCUACCAGCAGCUCCGCGCCAUCGGCUCCGGGGCCCAAGGUAUUGUUUGCUCUGCCCUAGAUACAGUCCUGGGCAUCUCUGUGGCGGUAAAAAAGCUGUGCCGGCCCUUUCAGAACCAGACGCAUGCGAAACGUGCAUACAGGGAGCUGGUUUUGCUGAAAUGUGUCAACCACAAAAAUAUUAUCCGUUUGAUCAAUGUAUUCACACCUCAGAAGUCCCUAGAGGAAUUCCAAGAUCUCUAUCUAGUGAUGGAGCUGAUGGAUGCCAGCUUGUGCCAGGUGAUCCACAUGGAUCUGGACCAUGAGAGAAUGUCUUACCUGCUUUACCAGAUCCUGUGUGGCAUUAGACAUCUGCACUCAGCUGGUAUCAUUCACAGGGACUUGAAGCCCAGUAACAUUGUGGUGAAGUCAGAUUGCACUCUGAAGAUCUUGGACUUUGGCUUGGCAAGGACGGCAUGCACCAACUUCAUGAUGACACCGUAUGUGGUGACCAGAUACUACAGGGCACCAGAAGUCAUUCUGGGCAUGAAGUAUAAGGAGAAUGUGGACAUCUGGUCUGUGGGUUGCAUCAUGGGAGAGAUGGUGAAAGGUAGUGUCAUCUUCCAAGGCACUGACCAUAUUGACCAGUGGAACAAAGUAAUUGAGGUUUUGGGCACGCCCAGUCUGGAGUUUAUGAACCGUCUGAUGGAUACUGUGAGAAACUACGUGAUGAACAAGCCACAGUAUCCAGGUGUCAGCUUUGCAGAGCUAUUCCCCGACUGGGCCUUUCCCUCGGACUCGGAACACGACAAGCUCAAGACGGGUCAAGCUCGAGACUUGCUGUCCAAAAUGCUGGUCAUCGAUCCGGAGUGCCGCAUCUCAGUGGAGGAAGCCCUCAAUCAUCCCUACAUUCACAUGUGGUAUGACCCCGCUGAGGCCGAUGCGCCUCCUCCCCAAAUUUCGGACAAGCAGCUAGAAGAGAGAGAGCACAGCAUCGAGCAGUGGAAAGAGCUCAUUUAUGAAGAGGUGAUAGACUGGGAAGAAAGGAACAAGAAUGGUGUUAUGAAAGAGGAUUGUUCAGAUGUGGUGUCCAGUUCGGCCUCUCAGUCGUCCUCGGCCAAUGACAUCUCAUCGAUGUCCACGGAGCACACGGUGGCCUCGGACACAGACAGCAGCAGCCUCGAUACAAUCACGGGGCCAUUGGAUGACAGAUGUGCAGCUGCGGGUUGUUGGAACAGACCGGGCGGACGGAUAGGGAGGAGGUGUGACAGCGAGGGAGAACAGAGAGAAAGACUGGCUGGAAAUAAGAGCAAAUGUCGGAGAGCUCAGUAAGGAGACAUCCUCCACAUCGGUGAGGCUAUGUAAGACAGCAAGGACACAGAUGAAAACGUAUAGAAUAACGCUGCUGAUGAACGCACAAUGGAAGGUGUGAGGAAAAUGAACUCAUUGAUCAUGGCUAAGAAAGUGUUUGUGACUAUUUAGUAUUUCUGUACCAUUUUGUCAAAACGGUUAUCCUACCUUCUUCCUCUUUCAACCAAGACAGUUUGGACCAGCAGUUUUGGCUUACGGAAUGUGUGCAUUUGUUUGUUUGUGCGUGGACGUGUGAUGGGCACACAUUUGAACCAGGUCCAGUGUACACAGAGCCCUCUGCUCAUUGGCCAUCUCUGAGUCACCGUGGGAGACCGGCCUGGGAUGGCCGAGCGAGUCUGGGAGAGUAAACAAUAGCAUGAUGGGAACAGCUCACAUAGGGAUCAGCCGGUCAGCGGGCUGCAUCGCAGUCAUCAUCUGUCAACCUUGUUGAUCGGCAUUAGUGAGACUGAGCGCCAACAUCCCUUCAUGCAAAUUGCAAUUUAUUCCUGGCUCGUGUUUGUAGGCUGCGAUGCUUCAGUGCCUACAGUGUAAAGUACUAGGUUAGUAAAGACCUGAUGCAGCGCGUUGGCUUUACAUAUGGAUGCUUUCUGUUAAUAAGUCCAGGGAACCCGCAGCUCAUAUUUAUUUAUACAAGCGUACAGACAGUGAGAGCAGAACAAAGGUGUGUGUAUUUAUGAGUUCACAGUAACUGGAUUAUUAAUACAAAGUAGCACAUCAAAGAAACGGGUGCACACUUUUGUUUGUAGACAUGGGUUGAACAGAAAAUGGAAAAUGAAAUGAUAAGGGUGUUGCUGUUGCUGCCAGGCUCCUUAUCAUCUUUUGAAACCAAACAAUUUGGGCUGCUCACACAGUAAACGGACAGGAGAUGUGCUGACUUUUUUUGGUUUGUCAGGCAACGUCAACGUCACUCUAACAUGCCCAGGGCCUUCAGAAUUACUCAUGCUGGCCCAACUAAAGCUAUAUUAGCAAUGGCUGUGACUGAUAUUUAUUUAUUUAUUUUUUUAGCUCAUCGGGUUCUAGAUUUGUCCUCACAGGGCUAGUUAUGGGCCCUCAAUAAUGUCAGCAAUUUUCCACCCACAUCUUGGUCAAUCAGAACAAGGCAAAUUCAACUAACAAAGCACAUCUUUCGCAAAUGUAUUUUUAUUUCAAUGUUUUAUGUUUGUUUAAGCAUGCUUGUCGUGUCGUAUUGUGUUUGGGGCUUACUGAUGGUUUCAGUAACUGUGACGUGAUCGUGGUGGAAUUAAGCACUGGAUUAACUCAGGGGAAAAUCCAGGUGCACACAAAGAACUAGCUUUCACAUGGGUGCACAUGAAUAUGGCGUUACAUGGCACAAGAAGCCACACUCAAUUUCCACCGUUCUUGGUGUUUGUCAUUUGUUUCUUUUAUAUUCAUGGCCUUGAAGUGGUUUUGAUACAAAUACCGUAUUCAUUGUAAAUUAUAGUACGGUAACCAUGCGAUUUUCAACUCAGCGGAAUUGGAUGAGAAAGAUCUGUUUUUAAAUCAAUUCUCAUUUUUCAAGGUCGCAAAGCGACAAAAUUGAUUUUCAAAGUCUUAAAAAGGCAGGCGUCUGCGCAUGUGCAGGGUGCUUGGUGAAGUUCCCAAAAAGAAUGUUUGGAGAAAGAAAGAAAUGAACACAUUUUCAUACUCGUUCACAGCUCCUUAAGAAACAGAGUCACAAGAGUGAGAUGUGGCAACAUUUGGAUGUGGAGCGGCUGGAAAAGAGUGUUGCGCAUGCAUGUUUUUCAGUAAACAGCUGAGGUAACGUUUCUCAAAUUGUUUCCAUUUCUGAUGAACAAACCGCAAACAUGGAUUCACAGUGUUAUAACAGUAGUUAGUUGUGGUCAAAAUAAGGAGCCACCGAAGGGUAAUCGCUCCAGAUUAAAGAUGAAGAUAAGUCAAA